CCGCCACUGCCACAGUCGCAACCGCCGCAGCCUCGGCCGCCGGGCAAGUAGCUCCGAGCGGCUGCUUCCCGGUUGCCUCGACGAAGACAGGGGGCGCCGCGCUCCACUUGCUCCGCGCCCAAGCCAUGCCCGGCAGCCCUGUGUAACGACAGAGUCCCGGCCGCAGCCGACCGACCUAGUGUGCACCGUCUUUCGGCCGAGCUGAGCUUUCGUGCACGCAACUACCUCUGCCCCUGCCGGCCCCGCGCCACCAUGCCCCGGGCAACUGCACUUGGGGCCCUAGUGUCACUGCUGCUACUGCUGCCGCUGCCUCGCGGCGACGGGGGACUCGGGGAGCGCCCGGACGCCACCGCAGACUACUCGGCGCUGGACGGCGAGGAGGGCACGGAGCAGCAGCUGGAGCAUUACCACGACCCUUGCAAAGCCGCUGUCUUUUGGGGAGACAUUGCCUUAGAUGAAGAUGACUUGAAGCUCUUUCACAUUGACAAAGUCAGAGACUGGACCAAGCAAACAGUGGGGGCAACUGGACACAGCACAGGUGGGUUUGAAGAGCAGGCAUCUGAGAGCAGCCCAAACGCCACAGCCACGGACACUGGCACCAAGGAAGCUGGAAAGGAUGGCCAGGAGAAUACCACACUCCUGCACAGCCCUGGGACCUCGCAUGCCACAGUUGAAACCUUCUCUCCCCGGGUCCGAAGAGCCACAACCUCAAGGACAGAGAGGAUAUGGCCUGGCGGAGUCAUCCCCUACGUCAUUGGAGGGAACUUCACUGGGAGCCAGAGGGCCAUUUUUAAGCAGGCCAUGAGACACUGGGAGAAGCACACCUGUGUGACCUUCAUAGAAAGGACCGACGAGGAAAGCUUUAUUGUAUUCAGUUACAGAACCUGUGGCUGUUGCUCCUAUGUUGGGCGCCGAGGAGGAGGCCCACAGGCCAUAUCCAUUGGGAAGAACUGUGACAAGUUUGGCAUUGUGGCUCACGAGCUGGGCCAUGUGGUUGGGUUUUGGCAUGAACACACCCGGCCAGACAGAGACCAACAUGUCACCAUCAUCAGGGAAAACAUCCAGCCAGGUCAGGAGUAUAAUUUCUUAAAAAUGGAAGCUGGGGAAGUGAGCUCUCUGGGAGAGACAUACGACUUUGACAGCAUCAUGCACUACGCCCGGAACACCUUCUCAAGAGGAGUUUUCUUGGACACCAUCCUCCCCCGUCGAGAUGACAAUGGCGUCAGGCCAACCAUUGGCCAGCGCGUGCGGCUCAGUCAGGGAGACAUAGCUCAAGCCCGGAAGCUGUACAAAUGCCCAGCGUGUGGGGAGACCCUGCAGGACACAACGGGAAACUUUUCUGCACCUGGUUUCCCAAAUGGGUACCCAUCUUACUCCCACUGCGUCUGGAGGAUCUCGGUCACCCCAGGGGAAAAGAUCGUCUUAAACUUCACAUCCAUGGAUUUGUUUAAAAGCCGGCUGUGCUGGUACGAUUACGUGGAGGUCCGGGAUGGUUACUGGAGAAAAGCCCCCCUUUUGGGCAGGUUUUGCGGCGAUAAGGUCCCGGAGCCCCUGGUCUCCACAGACAGCCGGCUCUGGGUGGAGUUUCGCAGCAGCAGCAACAUCUUGGGCAAGGGUUUCUUUGCAGUGUACGAAGCUACCUGCGGGGGAGACAUUAACAAAGAUGCCGGUCAGAUUCAAUCUCCCAACUAUCCGGAUGACUACAGACCUUCCAAGGAAUGUGUCUGGAGGAUUACGGUUUCGGAGGGGUUCCACGUGGGACUUACCUUCCAAGCUUUUGAGAUUGAAAGGCACGACAGCUGUGCAUACGACUACCUGGAAAUCCGGGAUGGCCCCACGGAAGAGAGUGCCUUGAUCGGCCACUUUUGUGGCUAUGAGAAGCCGGAGGAUGUGAAAUCGAGCUCCAACAGACUGUGGAUGAAGUUUGUGUCCGAUGGCUCUAUCAAUAAAGCGGGCUUUGCGGCCAAUUUUUUCAAGGAGGUGGAUGAGUGUUCCUGGCCAGAUCACGGAGGGUGCGAGCAUCGCUGUGUGAACACGCUGGGCAGCUACAAGUGUGCCUGUGACCCUGGCUACGAGCUGGCCGCUGAUAAGAAGAUGUGUGAAGUGGCCUGUGGCGGUUUCAUUACCAAGCUGAAUGGAACCAUCACCAGCCCUGGGUGGCCGAAGGAGUAUCCCACAAACAAAAACUGUGUCUGGCAGGUGGUGGCCCCCGCUCAGUACCGGAUCUCCCUUCAGUUUGAAGUGUUUGAACUGGAAGGCAAUGACGUCUGUAAGUACGACUUUGUGGAGGUGCGCAGCGGCCUGUCCCCCGACGCCAAGCUGCACGGCAAGUUCUGUGGCUCUGAGACACCCGAGGUCAUCACCUCGCAGAGCAACAACAUGCGUGUGGAGUUCAAGUCCGACAACACCGUCUCCAAGCGCGGCUUCAGGGCCCACUUCUUCUCAGACAAGGACGAGUGUGCCAAGGACAAUGGCGGGUGUCAGCACGAAUGCGCCAACACCUUUGGGAGCUACCUGUGCAGGUGCAGGAACGGCUACCGGCUCCACGAGAACGGGCACGACUGCAAAGAGGCUGGCUGUGCACACAAGAUCAGCAGUGCAGAGGGGACCCUGGCGAGCCCCAACUGGCCUGACAAAUACCCCAGCCGGAGGGAGUGUACCUGGAACAUCUCUUCGACUGCAGGCCACAGGGUGAAACUCACUUUCAAUGAAUUUGAGAUCGAGCAGCACCAGGAAUGUGCCUAUGACCACCUGGAAAUGUACGACGGGCCCGACAGCCUGGCCCCCAUCCUGGGCCGUUUCUGCGGCAGCAAGAAACCAGACCCCAUGGUGGCUUCGGGCAGCAGUAUGUUUCUCAGGUUUUAUUCGGAUGCCUCAGUGCAGAGGAAAGGCUUCCAGGCAGUGCACAGCACAGAGUGCGGGGGCAGGCUGAAGGCUGAAGUGCAGACCAAAGAGCUCUAUUCCCAUGCCCAGUUUGGGGACAACAACUACCCGAGCCAGGCCCACUGCGACUGGGUGAUCGUGGCAGAGGACGGCUACGGCGUGGAGCUGACAUUCCGGACGUUUGAGGUUGAGGAGGAGGCCGACUGUGGCUAUGACUACAUGGAAGCCUAUGACGGCUACGACAGCUCAGCGCCCAGGCUCGGCCGCUUCUGUGGCUCUGGGCCAUUAGAAGAAAUCUACUCCGCGGGAGAUUCCCUGAUGAUUCGAUUCCACACAGAUGACACCAUCAGCAAGAAAGGCUUUCAUGCCCGAUACACCAGCACCAAGUUCCAGGAUGCCCUGCACAUGAAGAAAUAGUGCUGAUGUUCUUGAAAGACAGAAACUGAGAAUGUUUUGUUUUUGUUUUUACAACAAUAGCACCUUGAAAAAUCUGCCCUAAAACAGUGUACAGUAUUUUUCUCAAACAAAAACUCAGAAUCCAGUCUUGGAGGUAUAUAUUUGAAUGAAAGUCAUGUAAGCUUGGCCAACAAGGUGGAGAGAAAAUGUUCUUUUGAUUCUGUCUGCAAUGUUAUCACUCAUGAACUGUUAAAGAUUAGGAUUGAAGUCACUGACCAUUCAAGCUAUGUUUGUUCAUACCCAUUCUCCUUGUCCCUUGCUCCUAUAUGGCAAAAGGCCAGCCUUGGGGUUGGCCGUUCCUCUAAUCUGGACUUGCUUGCAAAGGUGCCGGGCUGUCUUCUGUCUAUGCUGGGCAUAAGUGUCUAUGCUGGGCAUAAGGGAUGAAAGCUUGGCUGUGACUAACAUAUGGCUCACAGCUUUGGCUGGAAUCAUUUUCUUUCUCUCUGCCAGGGACACGUCAACCAAGAAACCUGAAAAUAUGGAUGGAUGUCAGGACUAAAAAAGGCAUCACAGUAAGCAGUGUGCACAGAGAAAGUUUCGAGUAUGAAAAUCAUUGUCAUGAAGUUAGGAGACCACGAAGCCAUUUCUCAGUCAUUCACACUCCUUGUCCUUUUGGUUUCCCGCACUCCCUAAUUGCAUUGGGGGCUAAGGCAUUCAUUAUGAAUACAGCAGAACAUUUGCUGGCAAGAGUCCUGUCUGCUGAGAAGACAAUAUUGUGACUCGUCCUGAAAAUUUUUCAUUCAUUGACUUUGAGAAGACUCCACCUGUGCUUGGAAUUCCACGGGCUGCGAAGAACAUUUCUUCUUUUAGCUUUGGAGGCACUUGCCAUGGCACACCUGGACUCCUUGACAUCCAAUUCAAACUGCAUUUGCAAAAUGUGCAAAGACAUCUUAUGAGGGACCAAUUCAGGUUCCUUGUGGGGUGAACACUGUUGAGGACUGGUUAAUUAUAAGUUAUGUAAGAAUCAUCGCCUUGUGGAACAAGUCAAUCAGCGACUAGCUUCCUGUAGCCAAUCAGGUUAAAGAGUGCGUUGGUAACUUUGCUCUGAUUAACUAAUAUUCAAUCACCAACUUGCAAUCAGAAUUCACAACACUUGGCACUUGUUCUAGAGAAGUGUAGAGGAUGAUGUUUACAUAAUUUUAGCACCUCAAAGUAUAAUUUAAACAGUGAGGUAGUUUUGAAUGGCAUUUCAUUAAGGCAUCUAUGGGCAUUAUGAGCUAAAAGCUGUGGUAUGUUAGCUUUAAAAGAGUAUUUAUGUUGGAAUAAUUUUUAAAUAAUGUUUACAUAACUGUAAGUCCUGUUUGGUUAGUGUUGAACGCAGGGCGGCACACGAGUGUUUCUGGUUAGAGCCAAGAGAGCUCCCAUGCGCCAGAAUUCCUUUGGGAUGAAUCAGCAUCAUUUUAGACAAAGUAUUUGUAAAAAGGUGAAAGGUUAUAUUUUUUACAGAUCAGAAUAUGGCACCAGAGGACUGUGUCUCAUUAAAGUGAUUGCUGGGAGCAAAAACUAGAAUGAUACAAGGAAAGGUCAGAGAAAUGCAUGGGAAUAUUUUUUCCUUAAAACAAAAAAAUUAAAGUAUUCUUAUUAAUAAUAUAUGUCUGUAUAUAUGUAUGUAUGUAAAAGAUCAGCUGUCAAAGCCUUAAUCAAUGCAGUGUGGAAAAUGCCAAUCCCUGGUCCUCGCUUUACUGUGGGCCCUGCAGGAUUGGCUCUCCGUUUCCUGCCUCUCCUUUCACCAAACUCUGUUUUCGCCUUUCUCGGCACUGGACUGAGGCUCAGCCUACACGCUCAUAUUGUACAUAUGGCAGACCCUGCCCCACGUGCGCUUCGAUACGGCAAAUGGAGCAGCUGACCUCGUGGCUCCAAUCCCAUCUGCCUGUUAGGGUAGAUUCCAUUUCUCUGAUUUUUGUAUUUUCUGAGGUUUUAUGUGGUCUCAUCUUGUCUAUGAGAGUUGAAACUGGAACUGGGAUACCUAAGAUGGCUGUUAAGGUUCUUUCUCCAAGAAAAUAAAAGUUCUGCAGUUUUAACCUUUAGAAGUCUAAGCAAGAUUAACAAAUUUCAUAGAAAAGUGGGAGGGAGUCAGAAACAGAGUUGGUGCUGCUCAGCAGGACAGUGAAACAAUGAUACUUCUUUUCAUCUCCUUAGCAUGAACAUUUUCAAAAACACACAGCUUCAACCAUUGUCACCAUAUGGCCAAUUUGCAACAAUGGGACUCUUAUGAAAAACCUUUAUUUAGGCCUUCUGUGUGACGUAUCCACAGAAAAGACAAGCUCUGAUUCAGCUGGGGCUAGCUGGGCCGCUCCUCUGGAAGCCCACACUUGUGGGGGCUUGGGCAUGACACGGGUUCUUGCAAAGAAACUCGAGCUGGCUUCACCAGAGAGAGUCCAUUCAGCAGAAAGACCCAGGCCUCUGCCUUGGUGCUUCCAAUUGCUCAGUGACCUGCCUGCAAGCAUCCCCAGAAGCAAACAGCAGAGGUAGAAGAUACCGCUGCAGCCUGCUUUGUGCUUUAAUUGGGUACCAAGCUUUGGGGAUGACACUGAGUUGCAAAAAUAGUUUCAGUUCAGAGAAUUGUCUUAGGACAACAGGCUAAUGAAGGAUUUGGGGUCUAGGUUUUUAGCCUGGCUCAGUUCUGGUGUAACCUGGUCUAGCAAAAGCUAAGCCUGGAUUGCAGGGCAGGAAAAAAUCUGGAAUUAACUUUAGCCAGUAGAAUUUCUUCAAACAGAGAAAGAGAGGCUGUUCAUUGAUCCACUAUUCCCUCUAUUUUCCUCUAAGGUAAAUAUUUAGAGGUAUUUACCGGUAAGGUGAAGUUUCCCCUCUAUUUCUAUUUUACAAUUUCUCUCUAAAGCAAGCUUGUCCAACACAUGGCCCAGGACAGCUUUGAAUGUGGUCCAGCACAAAUUUGUAAACUUUUUAAAGAAACAUUGUGAGAUUCUUUCUGUGACUUUUUUUCUCAUCAGCUAUCGUUAGUGUUAGUGUAUUUUAUGCAUGGCCCAAGAUAAUUCUUCUUCCAGUGUGGCCCAGGGAAGCCAAAAGAUUGGACACCCCUGCUGUAAAGUUUCAUAUCACUCACGAAUUGCUCAGCUGAUUGAAAUAAUUUGUAAAAUCCUGCUAACUAGCAAAUUCACAGUGAGUUUUCCUGUUGAUUGGGUCCCUUUGAUAACUUCCAGAUUGAUAUUGUUAGCGUUCCAUUUGUGAAUGAAUGUUCCUUGGGCUUUAGCAGAUGUUUUUAAAGUUUCUUUUGUAGACUGAACUUCUGAACAUCAAUCCCAAAUGCCUAAAAGUUUUCUUUUUAAAAAGGAAAACUGUUUAAAGUAUUAUAUGUAAACAUAUGGGUAUUUUUUAUUUUGUGUAAUUUUACAUUUCAUGAAAUGAUGUCAGUUUCAAAGAGAAAGUGGAGAGGACCUAACAUAUGUCUCUACCUAGAAAGGAUGGUUUCAUUAAAGAAUGUGGAUUUAUUGA